AUGGCAGUUUGCGACUGCGGCUCCCGGUUCGUGAACGAGUCAGCGUUGAUCCAACACCGGCGGGACAAACUCCAUAAACACGAAUUUCCCUGUUCCUUCUGUGACCGCAGUUUCAGAACCCUGUCAGCAGUCAAACAGCAUAAACGAGAUAAACAUACCUUCAAAUGCGCGCAUUGCAAUAGGAUCUUUCGCGCCGACGCACAUCUUUCUCAACACCAGAGAUCAACUGGCCAUUGCUAUUGUGGGGACUGCGACAAGUAUUUUGACACGACGAAAGCUCUUGAUCAACAUCUUCGCUCACACAUCAACGAGGCUAAUCAGUUUCAUUGUUGUGACUGUGAUCGAGACUUCAGCAGCGAGCGCGCCUUGGAGCAGCACCUCACAGAUAAAGUCCAUACGAUUGUGCGAUCCGAGACACAAGGCCUUAUUUGCGAGGAGUGUGGUCGCAAGUUCAAAAACAAACACGCAUUAAAGCAGCAUAAAACGUCCUUGAUCCAUCAACCCAUCAGCAAUCUCGAAUGUCUGUCCAAAGACUGCAGAAAACGGUUCCCGAGCCCGUCAGCACUGCUACACCAUCUCGAAAGUGGAUUGUGUGUUUCUGGAACCAAUCGACAUACCCUCAAUGCAUUGAUCCAGAAGCAUGAUCAGGACCGGCUUAUCAGCAACACUGAUAGUGUUUUCGCUUCUAUUGUAGGAGCUGGAGAGAAACUGCAAGGUGCUGGAGGAUCCGCGAGCUCUACAACCAGCGACUCCGACUGGGACGUUAUUUAUACUCCUAGCGACUCCGGGGUUUCGACGCCUGCUAUCUCUGAGCCUGGAAGUGCUCCGUUCAAAACCCAUAGAGCGCUUCAACAGCACAUGGAAUCACCCGCACACGCGCCUCGUAUAUUCCACUGCCCCGUAUUGCUUGCCCCGGUGAAUCACAAGGGAGUAGCAGUCCAGAGAUCCUUUUCAACGCUCAGUGGACUCGCUCAACAUCUUGAGAGCGGGGCUUGCAAAGGCGGGAAAUCCACCUUUCGCAAUGUAGCCAGAUAUGUCGAAGACAGGCUCAAGGAAUUGGGAUGGAAGGGUGUUUCAUUUCUUACCAAAUAG